AUGAAGAUGACCAUGAGACAACUGCCAGUCCCACCUACAAAGCAACAUCUCAGGAGCACAACUUACCUGGCCAAGAUUGCUCUGAUUCUGCAAGGAGCUCCAGACAAAAUGCUUACUUUCAGCCAGUUGAUGUACAGAAUGGCUCCACUGAUCCCUGAAGAUACAAAAUCUGUGGAAGUCAACAUCAGAGUCUGUCUCUCCAGCAACAAAUGUUUUGUUAAGAUCCCACUGAUCCCAGGGUCCCAGAACAGCAAGAAGAACUACUGGAAACUGGACAUGAAUCACAUCACAGAGAAGAUGGUACGCCGCCACUUCAGAGGGAUCUUGGAGUUCUUCCCCGAGUUGGCUUCCAAACUCCAAACUCCAAUCCAGACGUCGAAGGAGAAGGCCUCGGUCGGUUCACCUGAAACUACCUGCAAAGCUCGUCAAGUCAAGCGUGAAGUGAAGUUUACGAGUCCCUUUUCCAUUGAAUCCAUUCUAAGGAGGGACAGUGCAUAUGUCAGGACCUCCAGAUCCUAUACUGACCCGUUCAGUGCAGAGCAGCCUGAGGUUUCUCAUAGCAGGGGGGUGAAGAGGAGCCUCCACUGGGACACAUCUGCAGCACCCCCCGUUUGGUCGGUAGGGGGCAGCACACACGUCGGGAGUAGCCAUAUGCGCAGCGAAGGGCCGUUCCCAAUGUGCAGCAGCGGCCCCUACAUGACCACCUUCUCUGCUCCGAUUCUGUGCCAUCACCCUUUCACGUGGGUGUAG